AUGUUUGAGAGAUUGGUACGGUCACAAUCCAAGUCUCAACCAGAGAUUGUGAAGCCCGGUAGGGAGGGUGAUAAGAAAAGAACAGAGGCUCUCGAGGAACAGGUCAAAAUCCUGUCCAGUACAGCUUCUGAAGCGGUUGAUAGAGCCAGUGAGCUUGAAGAGGAGGUCCGUCAUCUCAGACAAAUAACCCGUAGUGGAUCUUUGCAAUCGUCAUUAUCGAGCUUUUCACAUUCUACAGAUGGAUCCAGAUUAAAGAGCUCGGGGUCUAUGAACUCGUUAUUUUCCACACUUAGCACCGACACUGCAGCUACUGCAGAGUUCGAAGAUGAUAUCUACAGGAAAAACUCCGUCAGUGGAGUAACCAGUGAUUUAGAAGUAGAACGUCAACGUAGAAUCCUGGCCGAGAGGAAGGUAGAGGAGUUGUCAAAAUCACUUUCCAAGGAAACCAACUCAAGAAUCCAGCUUGAAGUUAAAUAUAAAGCACUUGAAGAGUCUGCUGAGAGACCAGACGAAUCACAGGAAAAGCGUUUGCAUACUUUAGAAGUCGCACUCAAAGCAAUUCUCAACGCUCGCAAGGAGUUGAAUUCUAUAAGACACUACAAGUAUGUCUAG